UCCAAGCAGUCAAGCUUUACCUUGGACAACGUUCAGACGUGUGGUAAUCUUGUCCUUGUUCACCCAGUGCCUUAGCUGCGCUUGAUUCAAAAACUCUUCAAGAUAUUUGCUAGAUAGAUUGAAGGCAAUACUUCGUUUUAUAUAUUUGUGAAAUGGUGUUCGCUAGAAAGUGACUCAGUGGUUAUUGAAAACAUAAUUGAUUCUUGAUGGCGAGACAAUAAAAACUGUAGGUUUGCCCAAACGGUAGUUAUUCAAGGGACGACACAGACUGAUUACAGGUGUCAACGAAUGAGUCAACAUGGCGGGCAGACUUUGGCUUGCGGUCGUCUUAGUGCAAAGUUUCGUGGCUUCAGUCGUCUUGCAGCAGCAACAGCAACAGCAUCAAUUUUCUCAGGAGCAGAUAAAUACUAUUAAACAACUCGCUGAACGGAUCUCUCAAGUGAAUUCGUCUGGGCAGAUGCGUGAUGACAUCAUCCGGAGCGUGGUUGAGGACGUUUUGGCCAACCCUGUAAUAUCGGAGCUUAUACGUCAGCAGGGUUUGCAGAUCAUCAGGGCGACAAUGGGGCCUCCGUGCUAACUCUGGCUGCCAAGACAGGAAGUCUUGGGGUGGCGCAGGCUACUCUCAACACAGGAACCUUCAUUGACUUGCAAGACGAAACUGGUUGGACUCCUCUCCUUCACGCUGUGUCAAAGAACCACACUGAUGUCGCCAUGUAUUUGAUUUCUGUAGGCGCCAACGUCAACAUGGCCAAUAAUGACCACGGUGACGCCCCAAUUACCUGGUCUGUCUACAACCAAAAUAUGGAAGUAACAAGAGCGCUUCUAAGAGCAGGAGCCAACGUUAAUCAUAAGGAUUUUGACGGAGACUCCCCUUUGAACAUGGCGUCGGAGCCCGAGAAGAGCACGGAAAUAUUCAAGCUUCUCAUACUGUCCGGAGCCAAUGUGGAUGACCAGGAUAACGAUGGUUGGUCGGCCCUGAUCCUGGCUGCAUCCCACAACAAGUUGGAUCGUGUGAGGCUUCUGCUGAGGGCGAACGCAAACCCCAAUUUGAAAACAACUUAUCAUGGUGACACUGCCCUCCACUGGGCAGUUGCUAAAGGGUACAACGACAUCGUCAGAGAACUGAUCGUCGCCGGAGCUGACCUCAAUACACCAAACAAGAGAGGAGUAACACCUCUGAACUUGGCCGCAAGAAAGAACAGGCCAAAUGAAGUAAGGCUUCUUCUCUCAGCUGGCGCUGAGAUAGACACACAAGCCAUUGAUGGUGACACACCGUUAAUGGAGGCCACUAACUCUGAAUUCGCAGAAGUGGUCAAGGUUUUCCUGGAACACUGCCCUGACCUGAGUAUAAGAAACAAUAACAGAAAAACAGCAGCAGACAUCGCCCGUCCUAAAUCAAGGCGUGAGAUUCAAAAUAUGAUAUUAAGCCACCCGACCUUAACUUGUACAAACAACGGCAUAGUCUACGACGUAGGUUACACGAGAUACGACGUGUGCAGAGAGGUCAAGUGUUGCCACGGGGUAUGGUCCCCCACCGGGAGGUCACUCGAAACAUGUGGUAAAAUGUGUAGGACUUUGUUGGCGCCGGCAGGUGUGUGCACAGGUAUUGACAACUGCCCCAGUCUGUUGUCCCAAGUGCAGCAGAUCAUAAAGGCUUCGCAGAACAGUUACGCCGAAGGCUAUAACUUCGUUCAAGACUACGGGUGUGGAAAAGAUGGGGACACGGUUAAGGUGUGCUGCUCAACCCAAGGUUGAAUGGACGAUAUGUACUCCAACGGACAGCGAUUCUGGGAAGCCUUUCAGCAGGAUGAAAGUAAACUUAAGAAUAUCUCCGCUAUAAGCAAAAAAAAAAAAAAAAAAAAAAAAAUGGAGGGUUAAGAUGGUCUGGGUGAGACCAAUAAAUCCUUGAAAAUAUUUUUGAUGUUUCCGACUGCUUUGAGGAGGCUGUAUUUUUAAAGUUAUUUGAAGGUUUACCUGACUACUUAUUCCUUCUAAGUGAUACUUUUUAAAAAAAAGUAAGGUGCAAUUUAAUCUGUACUUUCAUGCAAAAACCAGUUAAGAAGUGUCUCAUUAUAUUUAAUGGUUAUUCAAAUUAAAUUAUUCAUAAAAUUCAAAGUAAAUUAAUAAAAUUAAUUUAAUUCUA